AUGAAGUUCUCCCUCAGCGCGCUCCUCGGCCUAGCCAGCCUGGCCCUCGCGGCCAACGAGCCCAACGCGGUCUGCCCCACGGCCACGCGCACCAUCCAGAACCGGGCGUGCGGCAACGAGUGCCCCUUCAGCGACUGCACCUUCCACACGACCAUCCAAAACCCCUGCGGCUGCCCUGCCACGCUCCCCACGGCCACGCUCAUCGCCCCCUGCCAGGCGCCCUGCCCCUACCAAGGCUGCGACAUCGACUUCCGCACCUCGGCCCUCCCCUGCCCCACCACCCCAACCACCACCACGCGCCGCACCACCACCACUCCGACCAGCACCCGCUCCGGCGUCGUCACCAGCAUCGUCACCCUGCCCCCGCACACCACCACGCGGCCGCCCACGACAUCGUCGAUCCCCUGUCCCAAAGUCACGCGCACGACCUCCCCCGACGGCUGCGACCCGAUCCGCUGCCCCGUGCCGACGUGCCGGGUCGAGUCCGACCUGGUGGUGCCCUGCGGGUGCGAGCCCAAGACGGUGUUAUAUGUGACGGGGUGCCAGACGGCGUGCUCGGAGGGGUGUUUGACGAGGGUGAGGACUAGUAGUUUGGCUUGUUAG